CGCUUUCACUUCCUCCUCCAAGAGCCAACAGACCUCCGGGUGCUGGGUAGUCAUGGCGCUACUGGAUGUAUGCGGAGCCCCCAGAGGGCAGCGGCCGGAAUGGGCUCUCCCAGUUGCGGGAAGCGGGAGUCGCUCGGACCCGGGACACUACAGUUUCUCCUUGCAGUCUCCAGAGCUCGCCUUACCCCGGGGAAUGCAGCCCACAGAAUUCUUCCAGUCCCUUUGUGGGGACGGAGAAAGGAACGUUCAGAUUGAGAUGGCCCACGGCACCACCACGCUCGCCUUCAAGUUCCAGCAUGGAGUGAUUGUAGCAGUGGAUUCUCGGGCCUCAGCUGGGUCCUACAUUGCUACCUUACGGGUGAACAAGGUGAUUGAGAUUAACCCUUACCUGCUUGGCACCAUGUCUGGCUGUGCAGCAGACUGUCAGUACUGGGAGCGCCUGCUGGCCAAGGAAUGCAGGCUGUACUAUCUGCGGAAUGGAGAACGUAUUUCAGUGUCCGCAGCCUCCAAGCUGCUGUCCAACAUGAUGUGCCAGUACCGGGGCAUGGGCCUCUCUAUGGGCAGUAUGAUCUGUGGCUGGGAUAAGAAGGGUCCUGGACUCUACUAUGUGGAUCAAAAUGGGACUCGGCUCUCAGGAAAUAUGUUCUCCACUGGUAGUGGGAACACUUAUGCCUACGGUGUCAUGGACAGUGGCUAUCGGCCUAAUCUUAGCCCUGAAGAGGCCUAUGACCUUGGCCGCAGGGCUAUUGUUCAUGCCACUCACAGAGACAGCUAUUCUGGAGGCGUUGUCAAUAUGUAUCACAUGAAGGAAGACGGUUGGGUGAAAGUAGAAAGUACAGACGUCAGUGACCUGCUGCACCAGUACCGGGAAGCCAGUCAGUAAUAGUGGUGGUGGCACCUGGGCAGGCCUCCUCUGGGAGGGCUUGGCUGACUCAGAGACCUGAGCCAUGUUAAGCCCCCGGAGAAGAUGAGGCCCAGCUUGAGCCAAAGAGAGACUACCUGCUCAGCAGCCAGAGGAGGCUGGUGCAGUGCAUCUUCAGUGUGUUCUCUAUUAGAACAAGCAUUUCCCCCAGGGGAAGCUUCUUGGUGCCCCACUAAGUAGAAUAAAGAGAAACGGUUAUAAAUG